AUGGCUAAUGUCGAUUUGCAAUGUACGGAAGCAUCUCAGCAAACGAUCAGUGAAUAUUCACGGCGAGAACUGAAGGAGGCAUUUUCAAAAUGUGAUCCAGAAGGCACCGGAACUAUUCUUCGAUCACUUGGUUUCGAACCACGAAAUGAUGAAAUAAGGAUUUUAACAGAAAAAAUUGAAGGAAAUGGAAAACAACAAAAAGACAAAGUCACAUUUAGAGAGUUGAGUAAUUUGUUGAGCGAAAAGUUAGAUGAACGUAAUGGGAUCAGAGAAAUGCAUGCUGCUUUUGAGCUGUUUGAUUCCGAUUUCAAAGGAUAUAUUACAGUUGAUGAUUUACGAAGAGUUGCUGGAGAACUAGGCGAAACAAUAGCAGAAGACCAACUAAAAGAAAUGAUUUUGGAAGCUGAUACCCGUGGUAGUGGUAAUGUUUGCGAAGAUGAUUUUUACACUGUAAUGAAAAAAACGGCACUCUAUUAA